AUGAAAAAUGUAAGAGUAGGAUGUCAUGUUAAAGUUAAAAAUAAUUAUCAAACAAAAAAUGGAAAUGUUAUGAAAAUGUCAGGAGGAAAUUUAUAUUGUCAUUUAUUUCAUAAUAAUGAAGAAGGAGAAGAAGGAGUAGUUAUUUAUUAUAAUAAUCAAAUAAAUAAAUAUUAUAUAAGUAUGUUACCACAUGUUAUUUGUGAAGAUUUUGAAACUAAAACACCACUUGAAUAUUUUAAAAUUAUAGAAUUUACAAUUAGUAAAAUAGAUGAAAAUGUAGGAAUUAUUGGAGAAACUGAAGAUAAAGAAGAAGUAUUUUUAUCCAAAAAACAAAUAAAAGAUGAAAGUUGUUCAGAUAUUCCAAAAGAAUUUCAAAUAGGAAGUACACAUAAAGGAAGAGUAAUGUAUUAUUCAGCAUUUGAUGGGUAUUGUGGAAUAACAACAAGAGAAAGUAUAUUAUCAGAUAAAUAUCAAAGUAUAUUUGAUAUUAAAUCAGGAAUGAUAAUUGAAGGAACAAUUAAAGAAGUUAAUGAAAAAGGAAUUAUUGUUAAAAUAGGAGAAAAAAUAUAUGGAUUUUGUGAUAAAAUUAAUAGUGGAGAUAUUCCUAUUGAAGACUUACAAAGUGUAUUUAAAAAAGAACAAAAAAGUAAAUUUAGAGUAUUAACAGUAAAUAAUAGAAAUAAUAGUAUUUAUUUAACACAUAAAAGAACAUUAAUGAAAGCAACAACACCAAUUAUUACAACUAUUGAAGAAACUGAAUUAAAUACAAUAACAUUUGGUACAGUAACAUUUAUUGAUAAUAAAAGAGGAGUAUAUUUAAAAUUCUUUAAUAAUAUAGAAGGGUUUAUUCCUACAAUUGAAUUAUUUAAUCAAAAAAUAGGAAUGAUUAGUAUUGGACAACUUUUAAAAGUUAGAAUUAUUUCAUUUGAUAAACAACUUUUACUUUGUUCAUUAAAUUUAUUCCCAGAAGAAAAUGUACCAGAAAAAUAUGAAGAUGUUAGUAGACAUUUUGAAGUAGGAGAAAUUUAUGAAGGAAUUGUUGUUGCUAAAAGAGAAAAAAUUAUGUUAGUAAGAAUUAAAAGUGGAGAUGUUCAAUAUAUUGCAAUGAUGCCAUAUUAUCUUGUUAUUGAUGGAGAUGAAGGACAAGAUAUUCCUAAAAUGAUAAGAAAUGGAACAAUAUUAAAAGAAUGUUUAUUAUUAAAGAAUCAAAUGGGACAAAUGGUAAUUACUACAAAAAAAUCACUUAUUUCAUUAAGAAAAAAAAUAGGAAAAUUUAAUUCUAAAGAAGAAAUGACAGUUGGAAAAUAUAUUGGAUAUGUAAGUAAAAUUAAAGGAAAGUAUUGUUUUAUUUCAUUUUAUAAUGGAAUAACAAUACUUUGUUAUAGAAUGAAUGUUAGUGAUACUAAUUUACCAAUUGAAGAAGUAUUAGAAGUUGGACAAACAGUAUAUGGAUAUUUAAAUAAGAAAGGUAUUUUUUCAUUAAAAGAAAGUAGUGUAGGAAGUAUUAAAGAAGAAUUUAUGUUAUUAAGAGUAGAAAGAGAUGUUGAACCAAAAUAUGGAAGUCAACUUAAAAUAGAAAUAAAAGAUAUUAAACCAUAUGGAAUUAUUGGAAAAAAUAAAGAAAGAGAAGAAACAAUAUUUAUUCCAAAAACAGGAAUUGAAGGAGAUAUUAAAGAACUGAAUAAAGGAAAUACUAUGAAAUGUAUUGUUAUUGGAGUUGAUAAAGAAAGAAAAAUGAUUGAUUGUAUUCAAGAAAAAAUGAUUACAAAACAACAUAUAGAAAAUAAUAAAAUAUAUAAAGGAAAAGUUCUUCUUAAUAAAGAAGAGUAUUGUGUUUGUCUUGUUGAAGGAAAUAUUGUAUUUGUAAAUAAAAUUCGAAUGAAUGGAGGAAAAUAUACAGUAAAAGAAGAAGUCGAAAUAAUUAUUGGAAAAGAAAUGGAAGGAUAUCAAAAUAUUUAUGAAGGAACAAUUAAUAGUAAACCAAUUGUUUAUAGCAUUAAAAAUAAUACAAUUAAUAUUGGAGAGAAGAUAGAAGGAGUAGUAAGUUAUACAAAUGAAAGUAUUAGUUAUUUAAAUUUAGGAAAAGGAAUUACAGGAAGAUUACAUAAAAUUAAUAGUACAAAGAAGAUAGAAAUAGGAGAGAAAAUAGAAUGUUAUAUUAUUGGAAUACAAGUUAAAGGAGAAAUAAUUAAAGAAAAAGGAAAAGAAAUAGAAGGAAGAAUAGAAAUAGUUGAAUUAAGUAUGAAGGAAGAAGGAAAUAUGGAAGAAAAAAUUAAAGAAGGAGAAGAAAUUGAAGGAAUUAUUAGUAGAGAAAUGAAAGAUGGAUAUAUAAUUUCGUUUAAUUCAAUACUUAAAGGAAAAUUAAAUUAUAUUGAAAUAGGAGAUAAUAUUGAAGAAAUUAAUAUAAAUAAAAAAGAAUAUAAUGUUGGAGAUAAAAUAAAAGUUAAAGGAUAUUAUAGUAAAGAAAAUAUCUAUUUAAUAAAAGACAAAAAAGAAGAAAUUAAAGAAGGAGAAAUUAUUGUUGGAGAGGUUAUUGGUAAUAAUACAAAAGAAUUAAAAAUUAAAGUAUUAAUUAAAGGAAAUAGAAUAGGAUAUAUUCAUUAUUGUGAUAUAAGUAAUGUUUUUAAUCCAUUUCCAAGAGAUUAUUUACAAAAUGGAAAAUAUAUUAAUAUGUAUGUACUUUCAAAUAAACCAGAAAUUUCAUGUUCAAUGAGAAAAGAAUAUUUAAAAGAAGCUUAUGAUGAAAUAUUCCCACCAUUAAUAGGAGGAGUUCAAACACGUAUUGUAACAAAAGAUAAUAUUAAAGAAGGAGAAAUUUUAACAGGAUAUAUUAUAAAAAGUAGUGAAGAAGAAGGAGUUGAUGUAAUGGUAUCAAGAGAUGUAACUAUUCAUGUAGCACCAGGUGAAUUAUUAGAUAAUACAAGUUAUCAUGGGAAAGAUUUUUCAAGAAUCUUUUGUAUUCAACGAUUAGUAAAAGUAAGUAUCAUUGAUAAAGAAGGAUUAGAAGGAACAUUAAAACAAAGUGUUAUUUAUCCUGGAAUAAUUAAAUACUUUAAAGAUAUCAAAGAAAAUAUAGUAACUAAAUGUGUUAUAGUAAAUAUUACAAGUGAAGGAUUGUUUUUAAGAUUCUUUAAUUCUAAUAUUCGAGGAUUAUGUCAUUGUAGUAAAAUAGAAGAUAAAAAAUUAACAAAGAAAGAAAUGGAAAAGAGAUUUAAAAUUAAAGAUGUCAUAAUGGCAAAAGUAGUUCAUAUUGACAAGAAGAAACAUCGAGUUAAUUUUAGUAUUAAACCAGAAGAUGUAGGAGAAGUAGAAAUGAAAGAUGAAGAAGAAACAAUAGCUAUUGAUCCAUGGAAAUUAGCAUUAAAAAGAAAAGAACAAAAAAGAAGAAAUGAAGAAAAAGAUAUUACAAUUAAAGAAGAAAUGAAAGAUGAAGAAUUUAAAGAAGGAGUAGAAGAUGAGGCUAACAUAGAAUGGGAUGAUACUACUAAAGAAGAAGAAAAAGAAAAACAUGAAAAUACUACUAUGGAAGAAGAAGAAGAAAUAGAAGAAGGUAAAGAUAAUAAUAAAGAAGAAGGAA